AUGGCUCAGUUGCGUAUGAAUUAUUCAUGUCCACAAAGGCAAUUUAUUUUGGCUUUGCGGAGCGGGAAAACGUGUUGUGCUGUCUGUGGUUCACAAACAACAGACAUAUUUAGUCAAGUAGGCCUUCAACAGCAUUACCGAAUUAGACACAGAGGCACAGAAUUCGAUGAUAAUGCGCUGAAAGACGGAGUGAAAUGUUUGAGAAAAUUUGCUGCAAAUGAAACCAAGGAAAACUUGAUAGCCCUUUCAGAACAGAGAAAAAAUUCGGUAGGUACAAUUUUUUUCGGCUUUAUACUUUGAAUUGCUGAUGUAUUUUACAAUGAAUGUGUGCUUUAACAUAGGAUUUUGAUAAUUACAAGAUUUUUGAUGUUGAAGGCGAUGGUGAGAGCAUGGUGUUGUGUUGUUCAAACGAGAAAGAGGCAGCAAAGUUGUUUGGGUUAUAUUUAGACCAUAAAGUUUCCUUGCCAAAACUGGAGAAUAGUGGUGAAGGCAUGAAAGUGAAUGUGAAUAAUAACUCAAUGAACUGCACGUUCCAAUUGUGGAAAGCUCAAGACAAAGUGCAUGCAGAAGCAAUCUACUACAAAUUGGUAAGGCAAUAUAUAAAUAUAUCAAAAUGCCCCUGCAUACCAAAAUAUUAAAUUUUUCAGCCAGUACCCUGGCUCUCCUAUUAAAACUUGCUGCAACCUCAGCCAGUAUCCUGGCUCUCCUAUUAAAACUUGCUGCGACCACAAGGUCUGGCCAUGAUUCCAUGAUGACAUGAUUACAGGGUAUGCUAGAUAUAUUUGAAUGCAUGCUUUGCAUUUGAAAUAUAAAAAUAGGUGUUUAAAUACGUAAAGUACUGGAUAAAUGUUCCAGGGUCAGCUUUGCCAAUUUCAAAUGUUUUAUUACCCUGGAUUCCAGAGCCUUCGACAGUAAAUAAUAAAUUGAAAUGUCGCGAAGGCUCUGGUUCAACGGGGCAAUUCUUUGAUUAAACCGCGCCAAUCACAAAACAUUAUUAGUGGUUUUGUACUAAAACCACUAAUUCUGUUUUGUGAUUGGCGCGGUUUAAUCAAAGAAUCGCCCCGCUGAACCAGAGCCUUUGCGACAUUUCAAUUUAUUAUUUAUUGUCGAAGGCUCUGGAAUCCAGGGUAAUGUUUUAUAGUAUAUUUUCCUCAAUUGUCUUCACACUAGAUGUUCAUGUCAUCAAUGUCCAUUGUAUGUAAAUAUUUUUGCCAAACUUGUUGUAUUUUUUUUAGAAAACACCUACCACCAUUUUGCCGGCACCAAAUCUGUCAAGUUGCCAAACAUCCCAACCAGAAAUAAGUGCCAUUCUUGUCCAGGAAAAUAGGGAAUUAUCAUUACUGAAAUAUUUGUAUCAAUAUGACUCAUUUCGCUCUGGUCAGCUAGAAGCAAUUCAGUCCAUAUUGCAAGGGAAGGAUACUCUUACACUUAUCCCAACUGGAGGUGGGAAAAGUGUAGUAUACACUUUACCUGCGAUUCUGAAUCAAGGACUUUCAAUUGUCAUUGAGCCUUUGAAAUUCAUCAUGGAAGAACAGUGUGAGAAACUAAGACAAAAGCAAAUACCAGCAUUUUUCUAUAAUUCAUCAUUAACCGACAAAGAGAUGCAGUUUGUAAUAAAUUCCCUGUGUCGUCAAGACUUGUCUCAAGUAAUACUCUUUACCAGUCCAGAAUGUAUCAUGUCUGAAAAACUGUUGAAUGUUUUGAAAAAAUGGAGUGAUAGUGCAAAAUUGAACUUUAUUGCAAUUGAUGAAGCUCAUUGCAUAGAUGUUUGGGGACAAGGAUUCCGUGAAGAUUACCUUAAACUUGGACUGCUUAAAGAUUUCAAAGUACCUAUUGUUGCUCUUACUGGUACAGCUACGAGUACAGUCCAGAGUAAAAUAGUGGAAACAUUGAGAAUGGAAUCCCCUGAAAUAGUAAAAGUGACAAGUUCACGAAAUAAUUUGUUAUUAAACGUUGUACCAAAGCUUGAUAAACCCAAAAGACAAAUUGCCAACUACAUCAAUGAAAAUUAUAAGGAACAGCGUGGUAUUGUUUAUUGUGCACGCCGGAAAGAUACUGUUGAUCUUGCACAUGAACUUAAAACAGCCAACAUCAAUGCGGUUUUUGUCCAUGGUGCCCAGUACGAUGCCGAAAGGAAAAAGCAUGAGCGAGCUUGGACUGAUGGUCAUGCCCAUGUCAUUUGUGCUACUAAGUCAUUUGGCAUGGGUAUUGAUAAAAAAGAUGUGCGGUUUUGUUUUGUACAUGUCAUUUCCAGAGAGUCUUGAAGACUAUUAUCAAGAAAUUGGCCGUGCUGGAAAGGAUGGAGAGCCUGCUGCUUGUACAUUGUUUUUUAAGCAUGAGGAUAGGUCUUUCCAUCUUCACAAUAUUGUUAAAAUUGAGGACAAAGAGUAUCAAAAACAUAACUACAAUUUGCUUAACCAAAUUGUUAACUAUUGUGACAAUAACAUGUGUCGGCACAAGCAAAUCUUGUUGUAUUUUGAGGAGAAUGUUGCAGAAUGUGAAGACAAAUGCGACUUUUGUACUAGCAACAAAACAGUCGAAUUGAAAGAUCGCACUUCAGUGUCAAAAAUAAUUGUGCAAGGUCUGUUGGCAAUGGAAGAAAGGAAAAAAAAAGAUAACAGUUUUGCUAUUAACACAGUUCUUGCUUGGGUCUUGUGCCACUGA